AUGAGGACCGUCACCGCAGGAUGCACACAGCCGGACACAAAAAGGGAGCCGCAAAAGCAGCCAAGGGCCCCUAGGGUAGAAGGGAGCACUUUUCAUCGUCUUCAGCCACCCAAACAGAAUAGUCCAUCAAAUCACAGCGAACAGCCUCUCUCCCUUGAUACCAUGAAGUCGAAUCUGUGGGUCCCAGGUUGUCCCUCGCGGCAUCCAAAAUCGAAGGCCGAACAUCAGCCCCAAGACCUUGGUGUUGUGGCUUCAUUUCAAGCACGCUCUUCUUACGCCCACGCCCGCGAAGUUCAUGAACGGGGCUACGUGUUGUCGUGA